CAAGCCUCCUCUCUCUCCAGCCAUCCAAAUUCAAUCCCUUCCACCCCAUCUUCCUUUAUUUUCCUUUAUUUCCUUCCUUAUUUUCCAUCUUCCUCAACAUCCCAUUCUCCAUUACAAAGAACUUAAUUCUCUCUCUCUGUCUCACUUAAUUCUCUCUCUCUGUCUCACUUUCUCUCUCUCUCGCUUGUUUGUUUCUUUUACUUGUGUCAGAGAACUAAAAUUUGCCUUUUGUCCUUGCAAGCAAGAGGCCCCUUUGUGUCAGAGAAGAAAUCUGUAAACUCCAAUCCCAGUCAAUUCUUGUCAGAGUUAGUUAUACUAGUAGAAGCAGGAGAGAAUCUUCAGCUAGCAUCUCCACAUCAAUACACAAAACCCUAAAUUCACCAUUUCUCAACAGCUAUCAACCUUGUUAUAUAUACACACACACACACACACACACACACACACACACCAUGUAUCAUCCCAAGGGACUUUCUUCAAAAACUAGCUCUUUCAAAACUAGGGUUGCUAGAGUAUUUCUCCGAUCCCUCCUGCGAAUUAAAAAACAAAAACCCAUCUUGAAAUCUUCCAAGAACACGUAUGUGCGCAGUCAGAAGAUAAAGAUGGCUGCCUAUUCAUCCAUGGCUCGCGCUGUUGGGACGCGGAGAGCUUGGAGCCGGGCACUCCUUUUCAAGCUUCGAGUGAGACAGCGAGCCGGUGCGGUGGUGAGAAGGAGAUCAUGCUUUGGUGGAGAGAAGAAGAGGGUUACAAAGAUUAAUAAGCCCUCCGGAGAUCAGCUCAACCAAGCUGAGAAGCUUCGACGGCUAGUGCCCGGCGGUGAAGCUAUGGAGUUCGGAGACUUGUUGGAGGAAACAGCACAUUACAUAAAAUGUCUUGCCACCCAAGUUAAGGUCAUGAAAAGUAUUGCUGAUCAUCUAUACUCUCCUCCAGCUUAAUUGAUCCAUCAAUUGAGUAUGAUCAUGCUACUCUACGUUUUGAAUACUUAAAAAGAAACAUGAGACACAUGCGAGCGAGGUACGUGUUGAUCAUAAUAUAUAUAGAAGAAGAGAUCGAACGGUAAGUUAAUUUUUAUACCAUGAAAUUAAUAGUUUAUAAAUAUAUAUGUAUGGUUUGGUCUUUACAUGCAUUAUAUACAUAUAUAAAUAUAUAUUUAUACAAACUGGUUGUACAUAGUAGAGACUUUCAUGUACAUAGAAUAAUCGAUCUAUCCCACGGUUGUACAUAUUUGAUC